AUGUCGUUGGUGGACAGCACGGCCGCGUUCAAGCAACGAUGCCACGAUGUUGAUGGUGGCGCGCUGCAGACGGCAUUGGAAGCACAGGGCAUCACCAGCUUCGCAUCACUGGCUUACGCGUGCGGGACGCCACAGGACCGUCCCACGCAAGCGGAGAUGGAUGCUUUUGACCAAAAGCGUAGGCUUGUUGGCGUCCACAUUGAGCGGGACAUGAUCCCAUCGCACGCCCUCGUGGACCUGUGCUGUCACAUGCUUGAUGUGGGGGCAGACCGUGAGGCAUGGCUGAUCAUGGCUUCUGAAGUUAAGUCGAUUAAGGUCACUGCUGCCGGGGACUUUCCUUUGGGCUUGGCGCUCGACGCACUGCGAACGGACCCUCGGAUCACCAUGUAUCUAAUGGCCACGUGGGGCAGGGCGCCUGACGUCAAGCCUGUUGAUGUGGAUCACCCACCGCCGGCUCACAACAAGCCCGGCGAAGGCUUGUCUCGAUCUGCCAAGCGCCGACGCCGGCUUAAAGCCGCAGCUGCUUCGAGAACUACCACGCCAACCGGCAAGGCCCCCUCGGCUGCUCGCACCAUGCCUGCCGAGCUUAAGGAUGCUCACCAGAAGGCCGAGGAUGGCACGCCGAUCUGUUGGGACCAUAACUGCGGUGGAUGCAAGAACAAGACCGAGGGCGUCCAACGGUGUGGUUACUUGCUGCCGGUGAACCAGGGGCCACAGCUCCUCCCAUCGGAGCGUCUUCAUGCCACCUGUGACUGGCGUGGCACGAGCACCGCCGUCGACUUUGCGAGGCUGGUUUUCGUCUACCCAGCCGCGAUUGCCAUGGUGAUGCACGUCCUGCCUCCAUCGAGCACAGCGACGGCAACUCGGUCACCGCCUCGGGUUGUCAAGCCACCGCCUCACCCUCUGGGUCACGACAUCCGCUACGGUUGGGGCUCACUCUUCUACUUCUACGGCUACGACCAACCGGCAUCUGCGCAAAGUCGGUUUCCCAUACAGCCGCUUGACCUCACCGUUGAUGACGACCUGGCCAUGCUCCUGGACAUCAUUCGCCUGGAGUCUGCCAACAUUGCUUGGAUUCACUGUGCCAACUCGCUCUACCGGGCCGUGGGUGCCAUCGCCGACCUGGCGCUCGAGCUGCGGAUUUUCAUCUCCAUCGAGAACCCUGCCAACUCUCUUGCUUGGCUUUGCGACGGGCUGGACCAUCUUUUUCGCUGUCCGCACCAUGAGGUCGUCUUCGAUGCGUGCAUGCAUGGCGGCACGCGUGACAAGCGGGCACUUCUCUGGUGUUCUGAUGAUCGCUUCUUGCCGCUGGCUCUUCUGUGCUCUCGAGACCAUGCUCACGACGAGGCCGCAUAUCCUCAUCUUUUGUGUGAGCGCAUGGCUUACAUCGUGGCCGACCUGGCAGAGCUGAUCGUCGUGGGCAUCCCUCGUGAACCUCAGGACUUUGUCAAUGAGGCAGUCAAAGACGAUCAGCUUUGGGCGGAUCUGAGAGAUGGUUUUCGCCUCACCGGAUGGAUGAGGGAUACUGGGAUCUUUGACAAAAAGUUGCGACCUCCCGAGACCACCCUUGAAAGGCUGCUUGAACAAUCCAGCUACCGUACUCCUCUCAUUUUGAACAAGUUGAGGAAAACGGUGGUGGAUGACACCACUCGCAAGGCUUGGGCGGAGACGCUUGAGGAGGAGAAGAAGGGAUGGAUCUUCCGAGAGGCGAUGGCUACCGAUAAACCGAUGGUCAUCGCUCAUCGGUUUGGUUUGGAGCAAAAGGGCAAGGUCAGGGUCAUCGACAACGGCAAGGAAUGUGGGCUCAACUUGGCUUGCGGUUUGCCAGAAAAAUUCACCUUGCACGGGGUGGACGUGCUGGCUGGAGUCUUCGUCGAGCUGCUCAACAGGCCGCUGGCCAGGGGCUUGCGAAUCAAGGGGAGGACCAUUGACUUGGUUUCAGCAUACAAGUUUUACCCUAUACACCCUGAAGACAGACGGCACCUCCGUAUUGGGGUAUUCGACACCGAUUCCAACGUUGUUCGAUUGUACGGUACCAACGUCUUGCCUUUUGGUGCUACAGGAAGUGUUGCUGGAUUCCUGAGGGUAUCGGCUGCCCUGUGGCACACAGGGGUACGUGACAUGGGGCUUGGCUGGUGUGCCUACUUUGACGAUUUCCCUCUGCUGGCAGUCGAAGGUCAUGAGGCCCAGGUGGACAGGCUUGCUGGUGAGGUCUUCGACGCUUUGGACGUGGAAUACGCCAAGGAGGGGAAGAAGGCUACAUCGUUUGGGGAAACCUUCAAUGCCCUGGGCCUUUCUUUUGACUUGACCCGUUUCCAUGCUGGAGUGGUGACGCUGCGCCAUACCGAGGCGAGGACUGCUGAAUUGUUGGAGACUCUUGAUGAGAUCCUUCAGGAGCGCAGGCUUCGCCCCAAGGACGCCGAGGUGCUUCGCGGCCGAAUGCAUUGGUACACGUCUUAUCUAUUCGGCAGAGCCCCAUGUGAAGCGAUGCACCAGAUCUCGCUGCGCGCUCAGGGCCACGACGCUUGUGUCUCUUUAACGAAAGAACUCGAGGAGGCCUUGGUUACUAUGAGGUUUUUCUUGUCGGAUCCGAAACCACUUGAAAUUCGUCAAACCACGGGUCGGGAGAUGUUCGUCUUCACAGAUGGUUCGUACGAGCCCAACGGGGACGUCAAGGCUGGGAUCGGUGGGGUGCUGUAUGACGACACGGGCACCCCUUUGGCCUUCUUCAGCUCAGACGUAUCGGCUUCGGACCUGUCUAUCUUGGAAGAUCAAUCAGACCACCCAAUUUAUGAGGUGGAGCUUUAUGCGGCUGUGGUCGCGUUUGAGCUCUGGGGGCACUUGAUCCAGGAUAGCUUCACUGUCUUCUUCUUGGACAAUGAGGCUGCACAGUCGGCGCUCAUUGCUGGAAAGUCUGGCACAUCAAACGGGCGAGUGCUGGUACAGCGGUUCCUUGAUGCCGAGCACCGUUGGAGGGCAAGACCAUGGAUCGGCAGGGUUCCUACAUACUCGAAUCCAGCUGAUGAUCCUAGCCGACGUAUUUGCGAGCCGCUUAUCAAGCAAGGGGCAAGGCAGAUGGAUGUUAGUGGCGUUCGAUUGCUCUCUCAAUGA